AUGUCCACCGUCCCUCGAGCUGCAUGGCUCAGCAGAUUUCUCUCUGCCGCCCUCAUUCUCUUCCUGGCUGUCUGCGCCUUCGCCUUUCUCAGCUCCGAUCGCCAGUCGUCGCUGCUCAGCAACGAGGAUGCAGUUACGAGCCUGGCGAUGAAGAGGUGGAAGGCAAGCCUGUCGUUCCAUGGCAUUCCGGGUAUGACGCAGUACGAGUGGGACCUGCUGCAUGCUGCGGCAGGAACGAAGGUGAAGGGAGCGCAGAACUUUCGAGAGUCGGAGGAGAAGAGACUGACGCACGAGCUCUUGCGACAGAAUGUCUUCAGCAGCCACUACGACCAAGUGAAGUCCAUGCAGGAGGAGGGAGACGCGGGGAGGAAGGAGAAGGAGGAGGGAGAGGACAGGGCCGAGAAGGCAAGGAAGCCCCGUGAGAGGCUGCGGGCGGUGGAGACUCUUGCUCAGCGGAGGUGGAGGAGAGGAGAGGAGCAAGGAGGCAGGUGGAAGGAGGACAGGGCCGAUCGACCUCUGACGGCUGAUGCGGCGGGGAGUAGGAAGAGUCGCGCGAGCGAUAGAGGCUCGCUGGAGGACAUGGAGAAGGGCUUCGAUGUCGAGGAGGCCUCGGACAGCAGCCUCCUCCACCUCCUGCAGAGUGAGGAAGAGGAUGUGUCGCAUGCUUCCCUCCAAGACCAGGACCAUCCUUUCAGCUCCGACAGUGACGACGGCGUUGCUGCUGCUGCUGUUGAUCUCAACGACGGCGUCGACUCUGGUAUCGACCGAUUUCUCUCGCGGAAAGCUCAACCCCGGGCGAAGGCCCAGCACAAGAAUCACCUGCGAAACAUCUUGAAGAGGUUGGACAGAGUCCAGCAGGGCCCAAACUCGCUGGAUGCUCUAGAGAAGUCCGAGCGGGAGGAGAGAUACCAGAAAGAGGCUGCGGAGGAGAGGGAGACGAGAGAGGAGGAUAGGUGGAAGGAGGAGAUGAAGGAGGCGGCUGAUGGGGACGAGGUGGAAGGGAGGUGGUCGUCGUCCAGGACUGUCAGGAGGACGAGGAGCGAGCGGGGGACCGCGAAGAGACCGCAAGGUUCUUCAUCCAUUGUGACAUCGAAGGCUCCACAGGGUGAAAUCUCCUCGAAAAGUCUCGAAGAGCGCGUUGCUGCAAGAACGGGUCACCAGCUCUCUUCAUCCUCUUCCUCCUCCUCUGCUGCUGCUCCUGCUGCAGCCCCUGUUUCGUCCUCAUCCUCUCCUGUGGCUGCUGGGCAGGACAAGGACGCGAUCCGCAGGCAGGAGGAGGAAGCUAGGUGGAAGGAGGCGAUCGGGAAGGAGAUGAGGGGGGCCGAAAGGAGCUCGGCGUCUGCUGGGAAGACCUCAAGGGCCAUCGACGAGAAGUUUGAUGAGAUCGAGAGGGGCAUGACGUCGGAGGAGGACGGGGACGAGGGCAGCGGAAGCUGGGCUGCUGCUGGGGGAGGAGGUGGAGAUCAUUCUUCCUCGCCUGCUCCCUCCUCCUCCAAGGUCUCCUUCCAGCUUGACAACCUCGCCAAGGACCUGCUGUCCGGGAGCUCGCAGAAUCCUAGCGGCGGAGCAGCAGACAAAGCAGCGAAGCCGAGCAUGCUGGAGAAGGAGAAGGAGGAGGAGGAGGAGGAGGAGGAGGAGAAGCGGCAGGAAGCGAAGCAGAAGCUCGAGAAGCAGCGCAAGAGGGAAGAGGAAGAGGAGGCGAAAGAAAAGGAAGAGGAGGAGCAGAGAAAGAAACUGGCACGACAGAAGCUUGAACAGCAGAAGGAGAAACAGGAGCAAGAAAGGGCAAGGGAGGAGCGGGAGCAGGAAGAAGAAAGGAAGGAGGAAGAGCGGAGGAAGAAACUGGAGAAGCAGAAGCUUGAGCGAGAAAGAGAGAAGAAAGAGGAGGAAGACGAGAAGAAACAGGAGGAGCGAGAAGAAGCAAAGAGGGAGGAGGAACGACGGCAACUCUUGGAGAGGAGGAGGAAGCAACAGCUACAGGCGAAGCAGGCUAAGAGAAAGAAGGAGGAAGAGGAGAAGGAAAGGCAAGAACGGGCCGCCCAGGAGGAGAGGGAGGAGGAGAGGGAGGAGGAGAGGGAGGAGGAAGCGUCUUCGAGAGCUUCGAUGAAGCAGCAGGCUAGUUCGCCCGCAGCUGGGCAGAUUUCAGCUGCACACGAGAACGAGGUCUCAUCCUCCUCCUCGUCGUCGGGUGAUCAACAGGAAACGCAGCACGUUGUUCAGCAUGCUCAGAAGAUCAAG